UGUAUGGAUAAACGCUCCAGACUGACCUUAUUGGCCGGGCAGGAACAGGGAGGUGUGGAGAGAGACUGAAAAACUAAACAAACGUCCCUUCAGCCCAGCCGGAGAGCACAAUCCACUCUCUUUCUCUACCGUUUCCAGCACAUUGGUCAGAAACGAACCAGCGGUCAGAAUGUCUGCAGCCAAACGCGCCAAAGGAAAGACGACGAAGAAGCGUCCACAAAGAGCCACGUCCAAUGUCUUCGCCAUGUUCGACCAGUCGCAGAUCCAGGAGUUUAAAGAGGCCUUUAAUAUGAUCGACCAGAACAGAGACGGCUUCAUCGAUAAGGAGGAUCUGCAUGACAUGCUCGCCUCUCUGGGGAAGAACCCAUCAGAUGAGUAUCUGGAGGGGAUGAUGAGUGAAGCUCCAGGCCCCAUCAACUUUACUAUGUUUCUCACCAUGUUUGGAGAACGUCUGAACGGCACCGACCCUGAAGACGUGAUCCGAAACGCCUUCACCUGCUUCGAUGAGGACGCCACUGGGUUCAUCCACGAGGAUCAUCUCCGAGAUCUGCUGACCACUAUGGGCGAUCGCUUCACAGAUGAAGAAGUGGACGAGCUCUUCCGAGAGGCGCCCAUCGACAAGAAAGGAAACUUCAACUACGUGGAGUUUACUCGCAUCCUAAAGCACGGAGCCAAAGACAAGGACGACAUGUAAAAAACAGCAGCCGCAGUCAUUACCAUUAGUACAUAAAAUCACCCGCAGAAGUGUUCAGACUGAAACGGCUGCAGGAGCCAUUUUUGAAGUCUAAAAACACAAAGAUAAAUAUAUGAAGCCAUCAAGAAGACACUAAAUUUGAUGAAGUUACAUGUUGAGAAUAAAGUUCGUAUAUUUUAGAAUAAGGUCCCCAUGGAAGGUAAUUUCAGCCAAUUUUGAAUAAAUCGAUAAAAAAAAAUGUACGC